AAGCUAAGCCACCAUCAUUCGUCCUUCGCCAUCUUACGAGAAUCAUCCGAAAACGGUUGCCAACUAUGUAACUUUCUCUGUCGGAAUCUUGUUCGCUGCGUUGCCACGUACCCCGCCGACAAGCCUGCGGGAGUGUCGUGGGAGGAGAGCGCGGCAGAGGAAUGGCUGCUAGCUGAGGAUGGGACUGGCAAAGGUUUCGUCUUCACGACCGAUGGGGAUGUGGAUGACUAUACCCCGCAAGGGGAGACUUCUCUGAUCGAUGGACUUUCCUAGAUGAGAGAGUCGUGGGAAGGGACCAGUAGAGCGUGCAAGAUCAGGGUUGCGACACCAAAAGGGAGCCCGCUAUCUCCUAUAAGCUGGAUGGUUCAGCAACAGCGACGCCCAGAUCUAGAACUUGCGAAAUCCUGGUUUCGAGAAUGUCGAGAUAACCAUAAAUUUUGUGUUACACUGUCUCCAUCUCACGACGCCUAUCCGACUAGGCUUCUUCGCAUCACCUCCGACGCGUCCGAGAUUAUUGCAGUGAGUUUGACGGAAUCAAGGGAUGCCAGAGGCCCCUAUCUCGCGUUAAGUCAUUGCUGGGGCACUGUCAAGCCGCUAGUCACCACGAGCAUGAAUUAUGAAACUCACCGGAAAGGCAUCCGACUACAGGAUCUACCUGCGUCUUUCCAGCAUGCCGUGUUAGUCACCCGGUAUUUCGGCUUCGAGUUCCUUUGGAUUGACUCCCUAUGCAUCAUGCAAGAUUCGAGAGAGGACUGGGAACGCGAGUGUCCGCGCAUGGCCGACAUAUAUUCCAACGCGACGGUAACGAUCGCCGCAUCGGACGCACCGAAUAGCUCACAAGGCUUCCUACACGACUAUCCUCCGGCAGAUGCGGAUAUCAUCAGUCUCAACGUUCGGGCAGGGCUAGAGUGUGAUGGUAUCACCGCCCCGAUUAUGUUAGAGUGUGCAACUGAAAUCCCAUCUAUCGGUGUCACCAUGGCCAAUGACUGGGGCACCAACCUAUCAACGCGAGGAUGGGCUUUGCAGGAGAGGCUCCUUUCCAAUCGCAUGCUUUCCUUUCGCAAGAGUCGUACGGUAUGGGAAUGUCAACAAGUUUGCUAUGCCGACGACCGCCACCACCCUUUUACUCUAGGGCCUAUGAUGCUUUCCGAGAUCGCCCAAGUCAGGAGGGUGGAAGACAUAAACACUGAAGGCGAAAUAUUUCAAUACUGGCGGGAGGUUGCCGAGACAUUUGCCGACUGCUCGCUCACGCACGUUUCGGACAGGCUCCCAGCUUUGUCGGGACUGGCCAGUCGGUUCUCGCUGCGUCUCAACGACAAUUAUGCGGCCGGUAUCUGGCUACGUGAUAUCCAUGCCGGUCUCUCGUGGAAUGUUGAACAUCGCUAUGGGUUUGAUCCGAAGUUUCCGCAACGUCGCCUAUGCUCGUACGUAGAAUCUGCCGGGCAAGAGUAUCUUAAGACAAUUCCCUCCUGGUCUUGGCUUUCUUCCGGCUGCGGGGUCUCAUUCGAAAGCAGAUUUGACCAACCAGGAAGGAUGCGGUCUGACCUUCAGAUUAGUUCUGUCGAAAUCAACCUCUCCGGAACGGAUUCUUUCGGUAGAGUCCGCGGCGGGCGGCUUAAGGUCAACGGCCGGAUCAAGAAUUGCAUCUUGGACUCUAGGUCUCAUAAUCAGAACUUGUACGAUGACGUAUAUGACCAAGAAUCAACUGCCAAGGUAGCUUCGUUAGUUGCGGACUGCUCAUACAUACAAGGCCCCCGGAAUAAUAAUCGUGGGCAUAGGAGAAACGCCACAGCAUUAUUCCUGGCAAAGUGCGAUCCCAAAGGGGAUGACAUCGGCCUAGAGCUAGCUCUUGCUCUUCAGCCCGUUCACGAUACUGGCGGAGCUGCAGAGCAGACCUUUCGUCGCAUUGGCAUAAUAGCAUGGUCGUCCAACAUGGAUGAUUGUAAAGAAGGUAAAGCCUGGUUCGAAAAUGGAGUGCAUUCUUGUUUAACUAUAGUCUAAUGCAGACUAUUCCUGACGAACAUGUCUACAAGGUGGUAGGUACCUAUCCGGUAGGUAUCUCCAGCUAUCCUCUAACGCCUAUAUUGUUAUUCUAAGGCCCGAAUCAAGUGGGUCGGUAGUUUAAAGACAUGGGCCGCUAUACAAAACCCAUCACACAAUACUCA